GCAGGAAAGAAGAAUAUGAUCUGCCCUGAUUGGAUAAUUCACAUACAACUUGAACUGUUAUUUUUGAAGGACGAUAUAUUGGCUACCCUAAAUGAAGUUCAGAAUAUGGAUGGACCAACAGGCAGAGGCACUGGUGCAGAUACGCCUUUGCGAAAUUACAGAAUGGGAAAAACGCUUGGCCAUGGUUCAUUUGGCAAAGUGAAAAUCGCAGAGCAUCUACCGACAGGGUACAAAGUGGCCAUCAAAAUUCUUAACCGUCGGAAAAUGAAGAGCCCUGACAUGGAGGAAAAAGUGAGAAGAGAAAUUAAAAUAUGUAGGUUAUUUGUGCAUCCACAUAUUAUACGACUUUAUGAGGUAAUCGAGACACCAACAGACAUAUACGUGGUUAUGGAGUAUGUCAAGUCCGGAGAGCUAUUUGAUUACAUUGUGGAGAAGGGAAGAUUACAGGAGGAUGAAGCUAGGAGCUUUUUCCAACAGAUUAUUUCUGGUGUGGAGUACUGCCACAGAAACAUGGUGGUUCAUAGAGACCUAAAGCCUGAGAACCUUCUUCUACAUUCCAGAGGCAACGUGAAGAUAGCUGAUUUUGGCUUGAGCAAUGUUAUGCGGGAUGGUCAUUUUCUAAAGACAAGUUGCGGAAGCCCUAAUUAUGCCGCCCCUGAGGUCGUUUCUGGUAAGCUCUAUGCUGGACCUGAGAUAGAUGUUUGGAGUUGUGGAGUUAUCUUGUAUGCUCUUCUUUGUGGCACCCUUCCUUUUGAUGAUGAGAAUAUUCCCAACCUCUUCAAGAAAAUAAAGGGUGGAGUUUAUACUCUUCCCAGCCAUUUGUCACCUGGAGCAAGGGAUUUGAUUCCAAGGAUGCUUGUAGUUGACCCUAUGAAACGGAUAACCAUUCCAGAAAUCCGUCAGCAUUUUUGGUUCAAAACUCGUCUUCCUCGCUAUCUAGCGGUUCAGCCACCAGAUCCACUGCAGCUUAUAAAGAAGAUCGAUGAGGAGGUUCUUCAAGACGUACUUAAGAAGGGAAUUGACAAGAAUCAUUUGGUCGAAUCUCUUCGAAAUAGAAUACAAAAUGAUGCUACUGUUGCAUAUUACUUGCUUGUUGACAGUCAGUCCCCUGUUUCCAGUGGCUAUCUAGGAGCUGAGUUUCAGGAGGACAGUGGUUCUGCUGGCAUACAUCCAGAUACUUCUUUAAAUUUGGCAGUUGGGCACUUCCUUCAAGAUUCAGGUUUAAGGCCCCAGUUGCCAACUGAGAGAAAGUGGAUUCUUGGACUGCAGUCUCCCGCCCCUCCUCGUGAGAUAAUGACGCAGGUUCUCCUCGCUCUGCAAGCAAUGAAUGUGUGUUGGAAAAAGAUUGGCCACUAUAACAUCAAGUGCCGAUGGUUUCAUGUCUUUCACAACCCUGAAGGCAUGAAUAAUUAUCAUUCUCCUGAUAGCGAUUAUAUCACUGAUGAAUCUGCUGUUAUUCAUGAUGAUUUUCGUGCUCAAAGCGUUGUAAAGUUUGAAAUGCAGCUGUACAAGACUCGCGAAGAGAAUUAUCUGCUAGAUCUGCAGAGAGUCAGUGGUCAGGCAUUCCUAUUCUUGGAUCUUUGUGCUGCUUUCCUAAUGCAGCUUGGGGUUCUUAAUUAGCAGGCCUCUGGAGAAGAAGAGGAAGAAACAUGGCCAUUGAUUCACUAUAAUUUUCUUUUCUUCUUCUUUUUUUUUUUUGGAAAUGCAUUGUCAAUUGUUUGUAACAUUUUCUCUUUUUCAUAUCCUUCUGUUCCUCUCUAAAUUUUGUGUCUUCAUAGUUCUUUAGGUUGAUCUUGAGUUGUAGAGGCAGGGCAUAGGAGGCCAGAGGCCAGCCUUGUCUUCAGCAUCAGAUCAUAUGUCAUUGUUAAAACCAUCUAACUGUAAUGAUAUGAGAAAAGUUCUCCAUA